AUGGAAUUCUAUGAAAAUGAUGAAGUCGAAGAGGAGUGCUGUGAUUCAUUUGCCAGUGAUGAUACCAGUGAGAGUGAUUUCGAUUUCGAUUAUGAUGAACUAGUCGAUGAUUUAGAUGAGCUUGAACUUUCUGAUGAAGAUUUGGAUGUAUAUACAGAGGAGCUGGAUUCAACCAAUGAAAGUCAUAUCACGGAUGGCGGCUUUACCUCAAUCUCUCUCAAAGAGCGAACUUCAGUUCCAGUCUUUAGGACCUUUUUUACUGAGGAAAUUUUAAACCUGAUCACUGAUCAAACAAACAUUUAUCGAAAAGGAAAGGAACGAGAUAACAAUCAGAAGAAAAUGAGUAACUGGAAGGAUGUUAGCAACAAAGAGAUUGAAUCGUUUCUCGGAUUGACUAUUCUAAUGGGUAUCAAUAACUUGCCAAAUAUGAAACUUAAUUGGAGUAAAGAUAUGAUAUUCCAUAAUGCAUUUAUUUCUUCUAUCAUGUCAAGAAAUCGUUUUCUUCAAAUUUUUUAUAAUAUACAUUUGGCUGAUAGCUCAUUGCAACCAAAACGGGUGUGGGUGUGGGUGUGGGUGUGGGGUGUGGGUGUGGGUGGGUGUUGGUGUGGGUG